UAGUGAAAUCAACAUUUUCUGGCAAUGGCCACACCGACUGUUCUUUGUUAGAGAAAACACGUUAUAAAAGCAAUCAACUGCACACUUCAUUUUAUCAAAUAUUCAUCACGCUCAGCAGUUAACUAGAAAUUAAAAUGAGUGGCUUUCACCAGGGAAGAUGCAGUGCUAAAUCUAUGCUUGUUGCCACUACUUUUGUUCUCCUCUUAUUACUUCAAUUUAGAAGCACUGGAGCAACUACUUUCACUGUUGGUGAUACUUCAGGCUGGACUUUCAGCUUUAAUCAGAACUGGACUAACGGGAAAAAGUUCAAGGCCGGCGAUAUACUUGUAUUCAACUAUGACCCAUCACUUCACAAUGUGGUAGUUGUUGAUGAGAAUGGCUACAACAGCUGCUCUUCUUCUCCAAGCUCAAAGACAUACGCAACUGGGAAAGAUAAAGUGAAACUAUCCAAGGGACGUAACUACUUCAUUUGUGGUAUCCCUGGCCAUUGUGACGGUGGCUUGAAGAUUGCUGUUGAUGCUUCUUAAGUAACAGAUAUAUUGUAGCUUAUACAUCUCUGCUUCAAACCCUGAUCCCCAGUUAUGUAAGGCGAUUUAAUCAGUUGCUUAUUGUUGUAUUAAGC